GGAGCUUAUAAACGCUGAUAAAGAUAUCUGGAGUUGGCAACAAAGUGAAGCACACUUGAAAAGAAUUCGUUUAAGAAACUAAAAAUGCAUUUUAAAGUGAAACUUAGGUUUAUUUGGAUACUUUUAUUUUUCUUUCAUUAUGUUGUUUCUGAUACUCCAGCGAACUGUACUUACGAAGAUAUCAGAGGAGAAUGGAUAUUUCAAGAAGGAAAACGAGAAGGAGAUUCCACGAUCGGUUGUACAAACUUUACAGGUCCUGUGACAUAUACUUUGACACUGAAUCUUCUGUUCCCAAAUGUUGCGAUCGACGAAUUCGGCAACAAGGGUUACUGGACCAUCGUCUACAAUCAGGGCUUCGAAGUUGUUAUCAAUUAUCGCAAAUAUUUUGCGUUCUCUGCGUAUAAGCAAGACGCUAAUGGCAUUGUGACAAGUUAUUGUCAUAAAAUUCUUCCUGGUUGGAGCCAUGAUAUCUUAGGCAAAAACUGGGCUUGCUAUACCGGACAGAAAGUUGAAGAAAGGAACAGAAUUAACAUGCACUCGGCAAAUCCAUUGCCUUCUUCACGAUCUUCUUCUCUUAAUCACAAUAUAAUGGCUAACGAAAUAAAUAGACUACAGAAGUCUUGGACAGCAUUUGCUUAUCCUGAAUUACGAAACAUGUCCAUGAGUGAUUUGAUUCGAAGAGCUGGAGGUUUGAAGUCUCGUAUUUACAGUCCACCACCACCAUUUCAAGAAAAUCAAAAACUAGAUAAAAGUCUAUCUCAACUGCCGGCGGAGUUCGACUGGCGUAAUGUGAACGGUAUUAAUUUCGUGUCUCCUGUGAGAAAUCAAGGAGAAUGUGGAAGCUGCUAUGCAUUUUCAUCUUUGGCGAUGCUGGAAUCAAGACUUCGCAUAAUGACGAAUAAUACUCUCAAGGUGGUAUUUUCUCCUCAAGAUAUAGUCAGCUGCUCAGAAUAUUCUCAGGGAUGUGAAGGUGGCUUUCCAUAUGUUAUAGCUGGCAAAUAUGCGCAGGAUUUUGGAGUAUUACCAGAAAACUGCUAUCCUUACGAAGGUCAUGAUGAUGUUUGCGCAGUGGCGAAAUGCAAGCGGUUUUACGUUGCAGAAUAUAAGUACGUAGGGGGAUUCUUUGGGGGGUGCAAUGAGGAACUCAUGAAGUUAGAUCUCCUUCAGAAUGGACCAUUAACUGUGGCAUUUGAAAUGUAUCCUGACUUCAUGUACUAUAGCAGUGGCAUUUAUCACCACACAGGAGUUGGAGCCAGAUAUAAUCCUUUCCAUUUAGUAAAUCAUGGAGUGUUGAUAACUGGAUAUGGUACAGAUAAUGCAACUGGAGAAAAGUUCUGGAUAGUGAAAAACAGUUGGGGAACAGGAUGGGGAGAGGAAGGCUAUUUCAGGAUUAGAAGGGGUACAAAUGAAUGUAAUAUUGAAAGUAUGGCAGUAUCAGCAAUACCUAUUCCUUAAUUGAAAAGCGAUUUCAGUCAAAAUAGAAUGGAUUAUCAAUAACACAAAUGUCAUAAAUACACCUGAAUAUAAUUUCAAUAA